GAAAUCUGUUUCCGGUAAGGUCAUAGGUCUCCAGGUACCCUGUUAGCUAGCCUGGCUCUGUAAGCAGCUAACAUAGUGGCUACUACUAUCACCUUAAGGGACGUUUUCUGUAAAAAUGGAGGUAAAUCAAGCCAAACAGGAACAUCUACUGGCAUUAAAAGUGAUGAGGUUAACAAAACCAACGCUCUUCACAAACUUGCCUGUGACAUGUGAGGAAAAAGACCUGCCAGGGGAUUUGUUUGAUCAGCUUAUGAGGGAUGACCCGUCCACCAUCAAAGGAGCAGAGACCCUGAUGCUUGGAGAGAUGCUUACACUACCACAGAACUUUGGGAAUAUUUUUCUUGGGGAAACCUUCUCCAGUUAUAUAAGUGUGCACAAUGACAGCAACCAAAUUGUAAAGGACAUUCUUGUGAAGGCGGAUCUACAGACCAGCUCACAGCGGCUCAACCUCUCAGCAUCAAACUCUACAGUAGGGGAACUCAAACCUGAAUGCUGCAUCGAUGAUGUCAUCCACCAUGAAGUCAAAGAAAUUGGAACACACAUUUUAGUCUGUGCAGUCAGUUACACCACUCAACACGGAGAGAAGCUCUAUUUUCGAAAGUUUUUCAAAUUUCAGGUGUUGAAGCCGCUGGAUGUGAAAACGAAGUUCUACAAUGCAGAGAGUGACCUCAGUUCUGUGACUGAUGAAGUUUUCCUGGAGGCUCAGAUUCAGAACAUCACCACCUCACCGAUGUUCAUGGAGAAAGUCUCCCUAGAGCCCUCCAUGAUGUACAACGUCACAGAGCUCAACACUGUCACAUGUGGAGAUAAAGAAGAGUCCACGUUUGGCAGAAUGUCCUACCUGCAGCCCAUGGACACGCGGCAGUACCUGUACUGUCUUAAACCCAAACCAGAGUACGCAGAGAAAGCUGGCGUCAUCAAAGGUGUGACGGUGAUUGGCAAGCUCGACAUCGUAUGGAAGACGAACCUUGGGGAGAGAGGGAGGCUUCAGACCAGUCAGCUACAAAGAAUGGCUCCAGGUUAUGGAGACAUCAGGUUAUCUCUGGAGAUGAUUCCUGACACUGUGAACCUUGAAGAACCUUUUGACAUCAUCUGUAAAAUCACCAACUGCAGCGAAAGAACCAUGGACCUGGUGCUGGAGAUGUGCAACACCAGGUCGAUCCACUGGUGCGGCGUAUCAGGGCGGCAGCUUGGGAAACUCAGCCCCGGCGCCUCCCUCUCGCUGCCUCUCACAGUCCUCUCAUCCGUCCAGGGUCUGCAGAGUAUAUCUGGACUGAGACUCACAGAUACAUUUCUGAAGAGGACGUACGAAUAUGACGACAUUGCACAAGUGUGUGUGGUCUGUCCGUAUAUAAGCAACGAGAGCUAGAGGUUUUAUUUGCUUUUGCAUUUUAGAUACGACUGGACCAACUGUGGAAAUCUGCAUAUCAUGCUGACUUUUCACUAUUUUUUUUUCAACGUGAGGGGAUAAUGCUUUAUUUUAAAAUGACUGAUUAAUGACUGUGAAUAAUAUAAAUCACUUUUCUUUGAAAACAAUUAUGUUAAUAAAAUCUCUGUAAUCUUACAUUUCCUAUUGCUUUAAGGAAUGCACCUCAUCUUGUCCAUGGUGGCUUUUGUCAUUAACAUACUGCAGAAACGUAAACAAGGAUAUUCUUUACAAACGUACAGUGUUAUGGGUUGUUGUUGGUCCCAACUGUCAUAAGGCAAAAUGUUAAAUUUAACAGUUUCAACUUAGUUGGUUUGGAUGGUUUUAGUUUGUGUUAUGUGUUGGCACAUUAUUUUGCACAAGCUCCAUGUGAUUAUCGAAGAUUUUUAUAUUGUAAUUAUAAAUGCUUAAAAUCAAAAGGCUGGAUAACUUGA